AUAAUGUAAUAUGCUUCAAUUUAUACUCAAACCCCCAUUGAAGCAAUGAAAAUAUGCACAAUCAAGCUACUGGAAGAAUAUCAUUCAUUGAAAAACUACCCUCAAGAAAUCUCCUAUUGAGUACGGCGGUAAUCACUCUAGGAUCUGCCUUUCAGCAUGGUUAUUACACUGCAUGCUUGAAUGCACCUCACGAUGAGUUGAAAUCCUGGAUGGCGAAUUAUUUGAAGAUACAGGGGCUCAGCUAUUUUGCCAACUCUGAAAUAAUCAUAUUUUUCUUUUGGGCCAUUGGUACUUCAUUAUAUUUUUUCGGUGGUGCUAUGGGAUCUCUCAUGGCAGGUUCUUUUAUUGAAAAAUAUGAUCAUACAGUAGUUGUUGUAAUAAGUCUCGUACUAAUGAUAGUUCCCGCUCUUAUUAUGGUUGCUGCUUACAUGACAGGAAUAACGUUACUUUUCAUGGCAGCAAGAAUUGUCAUAGGCAUUAUUUCUGGAAUGUUCUCCUGUGCUGUUCCCCUCUACCUGGCAGAAAUAGCACCGAAAAACAUCAGGGGAAUGAUUUGCAGUUGGUAUAUGGUGGUUUAUGCUAUAGGAGUGUGCUCAGCCAUUGUUUUCGGACACCCCUCUUCCUUAGGAGAUGAUCCUUGGAUAAUAAUCAUGACUAUACCUUUGGUGCCGAUGACUGCGCAGUUGGCACUGAUCAGGUAUUGUCCAGUUUCUCCGAGAUUCUUGCUGAUCAAACGGAGCAAAUAUGAGGACGCUUUGAAAGUAUUGAAAUGGUUGAGGCGAACUGAGACCCUGGAUGCUCUGGAGAAAGAACUCGAGGAAAUAGCUACCGAGUUAGAGGAUUAUUUCCUUUAUAGAGCUGUGAGACACGUCCAUUGGGGUCAGCUUUUUAGGCUUCACUACAUGAGAAAGCCUAUGUUGAUUUCCAUUAUGAUGAUGUGUGCUCAGCAGAUCUGUGGUAUUAAUGUCUUUCUACUUUACUCGUCGGCCAUUUUCGACGAAGCAGGAUUGCCUAGUUUUUACGGAGAUAUUGGAACAGUUAUAAUGGGAGCAAUAUUCGUUUUCAUGAGCAUUUUAUCAAUGUUCCUUAUAGAGAUAGCCGGUAGAAGAAUGCUUUUCAUUUAUGGUUACAUUGGAACGUUUAUUUUCUCUUUUCUACACUAUAUGACAUACAUGUAUAACAAAGCAAAAGAAGAUUGUGUUGGAGCCGUGGCUGCUUUAUUCGUUUGGUUUUUCGUCGUGCAUUACGUAUUAGGUCCACAUUCUAUUCCAUGGCUGAUUGUUCCAGAGAUGUUCAAUCAAGCCUCAAGACCAAAAGCAAUGGCUAUUGCUACUUUCUGCAACUGGACCAUGAAUAGCGUGGUCGCCAUCCUGUUUUGGCCCGUGAGAGAAGUCCUGGACGCACAAGUUUUCCUAUUUUUCAUUGUUCCCCAAAUAUUUUUCCUGUUCCUCAUCAUGAAAUAUGUUCCAGAAACAACGAACAAGACCAUAACAGAAAUAACGGAAAUGUAUAAAUGAUUAACUCAAAUAGAAUCAUGUAUGUUGAAUCUGUUUCGUGAUCAAGCUUAAUAAUGAAUAAAAUGCUAAGUACUAAUAGCCUCCAUUUAAUUAUAUUGAGCAAGUGGUUAGUUUACCUUAUGAAGCUGUUAAUUCAAGAAUAAUAUUAUUUUUCAGAAAAUGCAUGAACGGGCAGUAAUAUCGAUCUGUUUCCAAAGAAGGUUACAUGUCUACAUGUUAUUAGAGAAACAAACUGUCUCUUUCUUUGACGAGGCAGCUAGUAAUUAUUAUUACAGCAAAAAAAUUCUAAUUGCUAUUAUCUAUUCAAAUUAAUCUAUCGGCCCAAUUCCAUUUUUAACGCUACAGAUAGUAUCCGUUAAUUUGUUUUUACAGUUGACUAUAAUGCUAUCGGCUGUUUUAUGAAGAGUUGGUGGAAUUGGCUUUUUGCCUUAUACACAUGUAAAAAAUUAAACUGUUCUGUGUUAUUUAACAAUG